AAAAGACAAAAAAGGCGAGAAAACGGACGAGGAGAGAGACGAGGAGGGAGAAGACGACGACGAGACUGAGCGGCAACUCUAUUCCCCUAGAGGGGGAAGAGUUUCUAGGCCAAUGACUCUUCGUGACUUGUUUCGAGCGCCCGAGCGAUCGCCCCAUAGGCCUCUCCUAUUCAAAACUUUCCCCAAGUCAGAUGAGGAGGUCGAGGAGGUCGAGGAGGAGGUUGAGGAGACCGAUGAGCCAGUCUAUGACCCUAUGAGGGGAAGAGUUCCUAAGGAAAGGAUCAUUCAUGACUUGUAUCGAGUGCGCGAGCGAUCGCCCUACAGUCCUUCUCUAUUCAGCACUAUCGCCAGGCCAGAUGAGGAGGGUGAAGGCUCUGUCCCUAACCCUACAAGUAGAAGCGGCCUCGAGCGAUCCACUAUUCGUGUCUCGCGUUUAGAACUCGAGCGGUCGCCCCGAAGAUCUUCUCCGCCUAAGGAUGCCACCGAGCCAGAUGGGAAGGUAGAGGCUGAAGAUCCAGUCCUGCCUCCUCCCUCGCCUCCCCCCGCGAGCGGAAAUACCCCCAGGAAAUUCCACUUCACUCCCUCGCGUCCAGAGCCCGAGCGGCCGCUCCACGCACCUUCCCCGCUCGGGAACAUCACCAUGCCAGCGGAGGUGGUAGCGGCUGAAGUGCCAGUCCCGCCCCCUCCCCCCACCGGCAGAGUGGUUUUCGAGAAGCCCACCGCCCGUAGCUCGUAUAAAGAGCCCAAGUGGACGCCCCACGGACGUUCUCCGCUCAGGAAUGUCACUAGGCUAGAUGAGGAGGCCGAGGGUGAAGAGCCAGCCCCACUACCUCCACCUCUCUCGGCGAGCGGAAAAGAACCCCAUCCCCCCACGAGCGGAGAGACCUCCAGGCAAUUCAUCAAUACUCCCUCGCUUUUAGGGUCAGGGUGGUCGCCCAACCGAUAUUAUCGGCUCAAUAAGAAUGCCACGCUAGAUAAGGAGAAAGAGGAGGUGAGGGUUAAGGAUACGCGGCAAACGUUUAGUAUUCUAAGGCCCGAGAGCUGCGACCCGGAGGCGAGGGAACAGGUGGCGAGGAAAGAGGCGUGGAACUACGAGGAAAUGGAAUGGAGUUCAGGGCGAAAACUCCAACGCGCGCGCGAGAAGGCUCGAAGGUUGAAGAGGAUGAAACAACCUAAUAGACGAAACGUGUCCAGUCAGGACUCGGACUCGGACGAUGGCUUGCUCCAGUCCCACAAUGAUUUACUAUUUCCUCCAACACCCCAGGAUAAUCUCACGAUUCCGCCCAAUUCGCCUGAUCGUCUCCGUUGUGCCACGGCCAAUGCGUCGACAUCCACUCAGCCACCUCCGAAAAGGGACGUCAGUCGUAAGCGGUCCAAAAAUCGAGCGUUGGUACGACGGUCCGAUUCCGU